AAAAAGGAUGUUAUGUUGUUGAUGCCAAAGAGAAAGAGAAAGAGGAAGGGAAAGUGUGCUCGCUCAGUUUGGCGGUCGUUGGGUGCGGCGUACGUCGUCAACGUCAACGCCACAUUUUAGUCAAACACACCUCCCCCAAUUGGGCUUAAUGGCCCAUCCUUUACUCACCCACUUUGUGGCCCACAGAAGCAGGCAGAGAUCAUUGGUCAGCUCGUUGACCGAGCUUCUAAAUGCAGCGGCGAGUCCAUGUGGCCUAUCUACAUCACAUCCUUCUCUUUUCGCCUUUUCCAAGAUUUUGGCUCUCCCCAGUUGCCCAGGUCUUGCUUUAGGAACGUUUGAUUGCUUGAAGGAACCACACAUUCUGUUUUCCUCGAUGUACUACGGUUGUUUGCCCAUGGCACCUGGGGUAACUACAAAUGUGCUGCCUUAUGAUAAUCUGAUGGUCGAGUUAGAUGUCACUAAUGUUCGUCAACUCGAGGACUUUCUUAAUAAUGAAUGCAUGUAUGAUGGUAUAGUCAGAGGAAAAUUGGAUCAGUUGAAAAGAUGCUUCGAGGUUCCAUUUGCUGCUGGUAGGGAUCCAAGGCCAGGAGAACUAGGGGAUAUGUUACACGCAUUGUCAAACUUGUAGUUUCUUUAAUCUAGCUUCUUCUCCCCUUUGGCUCCCAGGAUUUGUAUUUAAAAAGACUCGUACAGAGUGUUAGAAAACCUGACAAUAAUGAUAAUCCUCAUGUUCAGUUC